AUGAACAAAAAAACUAAUUUAAGAAGAUCAAUAAAACGUUCACAUAUCAACAAAAAUAAUAUAUAUGGAGAAAAUAAUAUAAACUCAAAAAAUUCAAUUCGUCGUACACUUUCCACUAAGAGAAAACAACGUCGUGAUAUUACUGAACAUUUAGUUACAUUAUCCGAGGCUCAUUUAAUAGUAAAAUUAUGUAUUGAACAAAUAACUCUAAGAGGUUUGACUGAACGUUUUAUCUUUAAACCAAUUAGAAUUGGUGAUAGUGCUGACGAGAUAAGAUAUUUGAUAAAUUUGGCUGGUAUGAGAUGUACCUUGAGAAAUUGUAAACAAAUCAUCAUUCCUUUUGAUUAUUAUGAAGGUUUUAUCAAAUUCGAAUUAGAAUGGGAAUUUGAUUCGAAAAAAGGUUUAUUCAAUCAAUUUAUAUCUUAUUUGCCAAAAUACACCCAAGGAAUAAUCAUUCUACUAUUUGAUCUUUUUUCAAAAGUAAUUAUUUAUUCUCAUAUCAACAAAAUGUCUCCAGAACGCUUAUUAAAAUCAAUGGCUCUUUCAAUAUUAGGCGAUAGCACUAAAACUUUUGAUAAUUUUCAUGAUGCAUAUAAAGAAUGGUUAAAAUGUUCAAAUGCUUGCAUUCAUUUAUUCUUGGCUUAUCUAAGAGAACAAGGAUAUAGUACAAAUUUACAUCCUAAAUUAUGUGCUUUAUUGGAAAACUAUGUAGAAUAUAGAAUUAAAACUAUCAAGGAAAAAGAUUUCAUGCACCCAUUGAUUGAUGCCAGUAUUACCGAUGAUGAGAAAAAUAAAUUUUUAUCGAAAAAACAAACUCACAUCUUAUUUAAAGAACCUGAUUCCAUCACUCUAAGUCAUCAAUCAAGUGUUACGAGAAAUUACUCAAUAAAUAAAAACAAUUUUGACGAAUCUUUUGAAGAAGUACUUCCUGAAAUUGUUGAAUCUUUAAAUACAUAUAGAAAACAUCAUGACGAUUUACUAAAACAUUCAACUGUAGAUCAAAAAUGGGUUGAACUUUAUAACAAAGGAGUAAAUUAUAUGUCUGAAGAUGCUUUAAAAUUAUUUUUUGCCUAUGAUGAACAUCAUUCAUCACAUUCAAAACCAUCUGAAUCAUUGCCAACUGAUAAUCAAUCCUAUCAACAUGAAUUGAUACCAAACUCUUUCAGUAAAAAAGGGAUUAAAGAAGAUUUUGAUGAUAAUGUUGAUAGUUCUGACAAGCUUAGUUUAUCAUCAACUUUAGGUAAAAAAACAAUCAAUCAGUGCACAACCACAACCCCUUCAAAUUCAAUUGAUCAUAUUGAUUACUCUUCUAGAUCUUUACCUCAAUCUGAACUAAAACUCUCAAAUAAAACCACUGUAUCAUUUUUAUGUGUCAAACGUAGACCACAAUCAACCACUUCUUCAAUAUCUUAUAAAUAUGAAAGUGAAGAUUGGGAGGAUUGGUAUGUGAUUGAUCGUGUGAUAAAGUUGCCAAUUAAUGGUCAUUUAAUUGUUGAAACUAUAGAUGAUAUAUUCCCAUAUAUUUGGAUAGAAGUGAAUAUCCAUCCUUCAACAGAAAAUAGUGAUAAAGAUUCUAUUUUAAAUGAAAAUUUUGGUGAAUGGAUUCUUAUUGAGCCUAAAUCCACUUUAAUGGAAUAUGAAAAUAAUGAUUGGAUUUUGAUCAAAGAAAAACAUAAAUUUUUACAAGAUCUGGAACAACAACAGCAAGAAAUCAUGAGAGAAAAACUUUUGAAAAAACAAGAAGAAUUAGAUAAAUCUAGACUGCAUGGUCGUAAAACUCAUAGUAGAAUGAGUUCAUUUAGUAUACCUUGGACAACAAAUUCAACUUCAAUCUUCAAAAACCAAAUUCGUGUAGUGGAAACAAAUGACAAAGAUAACAUUAAAACAAAUGAAACAAUUUCAGAUAUUGAAAAUAUUGAAAAACAACCACAAAAAAUACUAAAUGAGACUGCAGUACAAAUGUAUAAUAAUGACUAUAAGAAUGAUAUCAAUAACAAUAUAGAUUGCCAAAGUGGGGUGAUAGAAGGUGAUAAUUAUUAUUAUGAUGAAAUGGAAGGCAGUUAUAGUGAAUAUGAUGAUGAAAGUGAUUAUUAUAAUUAUGAAAAUGGUUACUAUUAUUAUGAUGAGAAUGGUUAUUAUUAUGAUGAGAAUGGUUACUAUUAUGAUGAGAAUGGUUACUAUUAUGAUGAGAAUGGUUAUUAUUAUGAUGAGAAUGGUUAUUAUUAUGAUGAGAAUGGUUAUUAUUAUGAUGAUUACACUGGUCAAUAUUAUGGGCCAAAUCAACCUACAAAUUAUUAUUAUCAACAACCUCAACCAACAGCCAUGCCACCAGGACAGGGACCAAUGAUGUUUAAUAAUCCACAAUUAUCACAACAACAACAAGCUUUAAUUCCUAUUUCAAAAUCACAAGAAUUAAAACCAAAGUUAAAAUUAUUAGAAUCAUCUGAACAAAUUAGACAGAGAGAAGAGCAAGAACAAAAUAAUAAAGAUGGUUCAAAUAAUAAUAGUAAUAGCAAUAGUGAUAAUCAACUUCAACCUUUAUCAAAAGAUUUACAAAAUAAAACGCCACAAAUGUCACAACAGAAUAUGAUGUUAAAGCCAAUAAAAAGACCAAUGAAACCAUUUGGACCUUCACUCCCACCAAAUUUCAGAAGACCAAAUACAAAAGAUGACAAUAAUAAUGAAAAUCAGUCAUCUAGUCCAAUUAUGAAGCCGCCAAGGAUUAAAAAAUUUUUAACUCCAGAACAAAGACAAAAAUUACCAAGAAUACCAAGAAUACCAAAUCCAAACAUCUUUUUACAUCAAUCACAACAGCCACCACAUAUCUUAAAUCCUCCUUAUUAUACACCACAUAGUGGUAAACCAAUUCGUAUACCACAUUCAAAUUUCAAUCCUAAUAUGCCAUUAAAAGGUAAAGGUAAAUUAAAUCUUGAUAGUGAUCCUAAUAAUAGUGUAAAUACAACACUAAAUUGA